AUGAUAGUCCUGUAUUACAUUCUUUUACAAUUAUUACUCUUUAUCACAACAACAACAUGGGCAGAUAUAAUUAUACUUGAACCUAAGCAAAAUGCAGUUCUGAAUUUUGGUAAAGCCAAGACUAAAGAUCUAUCAAUUAAAUGGACGCAUUCUGAAGAAUGGCCAAAGCAAGAAGAAAUAAUUAAAUAUACAUUCAUCUUAUGUGCCGGUCCUAAUACACAAAUUCAAGCAAUUGCUACAUUAGAUACAUUAUAUCCUGAACAGAUAACUCAAUCACCGCCACCUAAUGGUCACCAAUUCCAAGUAAAAUUAAAAUUAAACAAUAUGAUGAGUGUAUCAGGAUAUUAUUACGUUCAAAUCUUUGCUCAAACAGUUGAAGGUUAUACGAUUCAUUACACUCAUCCAUUUUAUAUUAAAGGGAUGAAAAACGUGGUUAAUAAAUUACCAUUUGAUAAAGAUGUUAAAUAUCCUGAACCGCCAGCUGAACAUAAGACGACGUUAGUAGAACCUCAAGCUCCACAAGAUCCAAUUAAUUUAGGAAAGAUUCCAUAUCAUAAACAAACGGGGUUAAUUAAAUAUGCACCAGUACAAACACAACCAAAGACUUUUAUAAAUGUUAAGAAAUCAUGGGUUUUGAAGAAUCCCAAGACUAUAGUGACAAUGUUUGUAUCACCAAGGAGUAGUAUUGAUAUGGUUACUACAGUGACACCUGGUUGGAAUUAUAUCAUUAAUAAUCAAUAUAAUUUGGCAAAACCUGCUAAAUUUCCUAGUGAGAACGGUGGGUGGUAUAGUAGAAUAAUUACAGCACAUCCAAGGAAAGUUAAUCGUCAGAAUAAGUGA